CCGGCUGGGCUGGGCUGGGCCGGGCGGGGCGGCGCUCUGGUCCCGGCUCCGCGUCCCCACUUUCCCUGCAUCCCUCCCUCCGCCCGGGCGGUCCGAUGCCGGGCCAAUGAGCGCCGAGAGGCGGGAGCGGGAAGCGGCGUGCUCGGCGCGGCCCUCCUACGGCGCCCUGGCAGUGGCGCCAACGCUAAGUUUGCGCCGCGGGAGUUGGCGUCCGAGUGAGUCCCUCGGCCUCGCUGCUAGAUCCCCGCGAGCGAGGAGGUCGCUGGCCCCUCGGGCGGCCACCCAGGAGCAGUGCGCGGGAGGGCUCGGAGUGGUGUGGCGCGCGCCGGGGCUGGGGCAGCCGCCUCCCGAAGAUGCGGGAUGGCAGCCGAGCUGCCGUCCAGCCUCUCCUACCGCACCACAGGCUCCACCUGCCUGCACCCGCUCAGCCAGCUCCUGGGCAUCCCGCUGGACCAGGUGAAUUUUGUGGCAUGCCAGCUCGUGGCUUUAUGUGCUGCUUUCUGGUUUCGCAUCUACUUACGUCCUGGUAAAACCAGUCCCGUGGCCCGGCACACGUUUGCCACCAUUUUUGGCAUCUAUUUUAUCAUCUUUUGUUUUGGCUGGUACUCUGCGCAUCUGUUUGUGCUGGUGUUAGUGUGCUAUGGAAUCAUGGUCGCUGCAAGUGUGUCCAAUAUUCACAGAUACUCCUUUUUUGUCGCAAUGGGAUACCUGACGAUGUGCCAUGUCAGCAGAAUAUACAUCUUUCACUAUGGGAUUCUCACUACGGAUUUUUCUGGGCCCCUCAUGAUCGUCACUCAGAAGAUCACAACCUUGGCAUUCCAAGUUCACGAUGGACUCGGUCGAAGAGCUGAAGACCUGUCUGCUGAGCAACAUCGACUUGCUAUAAAAGUAAAACCAUCCUUUUUGGAAUACUUAAGCUACCUUCUGAACUUCAUGAGCGUCAUAGCUGGACCUUGUAACAAUUUCAAGGACUACGUAGCCUUCAUUGAGGGGAGGCAUGUACACAUGAAGUUGCUGGAAGUGAACUGGAAGGAAAAAGGUUACCACAGCCUGCCAGAACCUUCUCCCACUGGAGCUGUGAUACGCAAGUUGUGCAUGACCUUGGUGUCUCUCCUUUUGUUUUUGACUCUCACGAAGACCUUCCCUGUCACCUGCCUGGUUGAUGACUGGUUUGUUCAUAAAGCAAACUUUCUGACUCGAUUGUGCUACUUGUAUGUUGUCAUGCAAGCCUCAAAGCCCAAGUAUUAUUUUGCCUGGACAUUAGCUGAUGCAGUGAAUAAUGCAGCUGGCUUUGGGUUCAGCGGAGUGGAUAAGAAUGGAAAUUUCUCUUGGGAUCUGCUUUCUAACCUAAACAUCUGGAAAAUUGAGACUGCUACAAGUUUCAAAAUGUACCUAGGAAACUGGAAUAUUCAGACAGCUACUUGGCUAAAGCGAGUGUGCUAUGAGCGAGUCCCCUGGUACCCCACAGUGUUCACCUUCAUCCUGUCUGCCCUGUGGCAUGGUGUCUACCCGGGGUACUAUUUCACCUUCCUGACUGGAAUCCUCGUCACAGUAGCAGCCAGAACGGUGAGGAGCAACUAUAGACAUUACUUCCUUUCUUCAAAAGCCCUCAAGGUCGUCUACGACGUGGUCACCUGGGCUGCCACGCAGCUGGCCGUCUCGUACACAGUGGCGCCUUUCGUUAUGUUGGCUGUGGAACCAACCAUCAGUUUAUACAAGUCCAUGUACUUUUAUUUACACAUCGUAAGUCUCCUGAUAAUACUAUUUUUGCCAAUGAGACCACAAUCUUCUGUUCAACGGCAGCCUCAGAACUCUGUUAAUAAGAAAAAAACAGAUUGAUAUCUCCGAGAAAAGCUGGAUACGGAAAACUGCAAAACUUUGGAAAGAGGAGAUGAAAAGGCUCAAGUGUUCUUCAGUGACUUAGAGGCCAUGUUUACAUGCAUUUUUAAAAAUAAAAGUGCAGGGAGUAUUUUUGUAAAGCCCUUUUGUACCAGUAAAUCAGCCAUGUCCAGUUGAUCUGUUUUAGUGUUUUCUAGGACAUUUGAGUGGUAUGGAGGUGUGUGGGGAACCUGCCAGAGUUGCAGGAACAGCGCAUCUGGGCUGCUGGGUCUCUGCUUCCCCAACAGGGAUUCCAGCCACUGAAAUGUGGAUGCUGCGACCCAGACAUCUGCUCUAGAAGUUAGAAGGUGGUUGCUGAGGAGACUUGUCAUAGGUUUCUUAAACUAGAACAUACCCACACAUGGUUGUUCCUCGGGAAGCCCCAGAUCCUUUGACCUGUGACAUUACUAUUUCAAACACAGUGACCCCAUCAGAAGACCAGGAGGAGCAGGGACUGGGGGGGUAUUUUUCAGGGUACUGAACGCUGCGAGCCAGGAGGACUAGCCGUGAACACUUGAAUGAACUGAAAGCCAGCCAUGCCCUACGGUAGGCUGCCCUUUUUCCAGAAUGCAUCUCUUCCCUUUUUUCUUCUGAACUGAGCCAAGAUUGUAAAUCAGAAAGUCUCCUGUGCUCGUACACCGGGAGUCUGAGCGGGGCUGCUGUUUUCCAGAUGUUUUUCCAUUUCACAUGCGCCAUCUGCUUGCCCAGGACAGGCCUGAGAAAACACCCUAGAGGUCGCACCAUCAGAGGCAGAAGAAUGUCUUCUAAAGAAACAAUUUUAAAGUAAUUUAAAGUUAUAUAGAAGUUGACAAGAAAUUAUGCUCUUUUCUUCCCUUUUAUAGCGAUGUUAAUAUUCAUGGCUAUGAUGGGCUGACUUAUUUUUCCAGUCUCAGAGCUGAUUAAUUCUGACUUUGUAUUAGUUGAACUAUCAUAUUGAAAGGCAAAAACUGAAAGACAGUUUUCUAGCUUUGUUAUGAACAUGCUGUGGCUCCUAUUGGUUAAUACUCUAUGUGGGGAGAGGAAACAUGGUAUUAAAUGUUCUGGAAAAUAAUGAGAAUGAUAAUAAUAAAUUAUAUGCUACAGUGGUGUGCCCUCAGUCACAUACCUUGGGAGAAGCAAAUUUGUUCAAAUCAGAUGUUUGAAAGUGAGUUUCUUACUGAAUAAAAACUGUUUCUAUAUAAAAGAAAUAUUUCUGAAUAGAAGAAUUGCUUUUUGUUUAUAUCAGUAGAGACUGGAUAGUCUGAAGUAUGUGCUUGUUUUAACAAAUGUGCACAGACUUAAGGUUUUACUUGUUGAAAGCCUGAGCAGUAUAGCAUGUUCAAUUUGUCCUCUACGUCAGGCACUUGGAUGGUUUUGUUUUUGGUGUGCUUUCCGACCUUCAUUCCCAGCCUCCCAGAUCAUGCACUCCUGUUUUACAGGGACGUGUUUUCUGGCUGCAUCCCUGGUUAGACUUAGAGGUAGAGCUGAAAUCCAAAAUCCAUGGCUACCCUGAGAAAGCCAUAGGCUGUGCUAAGUGUCCAGCUGAUGCUUCUCUUAGGUCAGUGAAAUGUGAAACAAUGUGUUUAUCUCUAACCUGAACUCUAAUUCUUAUGUGAAAUAGUGACAAUUGGCCCAAAGUAGCCCAAAGUAGCACAUUUGGGCCAGAGUAUAAGGCUUACCCCAAUUUUACCAGGAAUUCUUCGGGCAACCCUGUUUUGCUGUCCCAGGAGGAAUAUUAGAUAGUAGGUAUAGAGGGGGGGCAUGCAGGUGCCCAAAGUGUGUCAGGGUCUGUCUCCAACAGGAAUAUUUUGAGGCAUAAGAUCAGAAAUACAUAUCUUGUACACCAGCAAAAAUAGUAGAUAUGCCCAUUGGCAUAAAGUGUAUGGCAUUAUCCAUAUCACAACACAGUGUUUGGACUUGCAGUAUGGUUUAAUGACCAGGUUUCACUGUAUGGAACCAGCUUCAAUCCUGGGAGAAGAACUUUGGUAGAGAGAGUAGAGGUGACCACUAGAGGGACCAGUCAUCUUGUUUUGCCAGGGACUCUGCUGAACCCUCAGACCCGGGAAGACUGGGGACCUUUGGUCCCCCUAGUGACCACCCACAAUCAGAUAAUCUGUAUGGAAUGGAGUCGAAGACACGUCUCUGGAAUCUGGGCUUAUCGAUGUCAGACGUAGUGCUGGGCCUAAGCACAUGGGCAUGUUUUUCUUAUCGUGAGGCUUUACUCAAUACUGACGGGAGCACCUUUCCCUCCUGAGGACAUUUACCCACAGAAGUACCCAAGUUUAGAUGGAAGGUUAGGACUGUUUCUAAGCAUGAGAUCUAAGUUGUACUAAAUGUAAUAUUCAUUUAAUAAAUAUAUAUUUAUUAAA